CUUCAUUCCUAUCCUCUUUUUCCAUCUCUCUCCAGCUCCUCUCCACAGCACAUUGGAGAGUGCUGUGGUUGGCUGAAACAGAAGUUGACUGAGAUGAAUGAAGAACAGUACCACAUCAUACACCAGCAUCAGGAACAGGCCGUCAACUGCGUUGUGGGGAACAUAGUGUAUGAACGUCUAGCUGACCACGGUCCUAAACUGGGUCCUGUUACCAGAAAAGAGCCUCUUGUCACCAGGUAUUUCACCUUCCCCUUUGAGGAAAUGACUUUAGAGGAGGAGAUGGAGUUUUUAAACAAACCAGAUAAGAUGUGCCACUUCUUGGCUCACAACGGCUGGGUGAUGGGUGAUGAUCCACUGCGCAACUUUGCUGAACCAGGAUCCAAUGUGUACCUGCGUCGGGAGCUGAUCUGCUGGGGAGACAGUGUCAAACUCCGCUAUGGAAAAGGACCUGAGGAUUGCCCCUACCUGUGGGAGCACAUGCAGAAAUACACUGAAAUUACUGCCAAAUAUUUCCACGGAGUCCGAUUGGACAACUGCCAUUCUACACCCUUGCAUGUUGCUGAGGUACUGUCAACUCCAACCGGAUUGCUAUGUUCUCUGGUGCCAGAAGAAGAAGCAGAGCGCGAAGAAGAAGCAAAGAACAAAGAAUCUAAGAGAGUUGUGCUGUGA